AUGGAAGAGACCGAGGGAGGAACAGUGAAGACAUCUUGGGACAUUAAUGGAAGCGAGGAGCAUGGUCGUCCAGACGUGAAUUGGAGAAGCGAGUCUGUUGAAACUUCCAAAAUCAGGGCUCACAUAAUUGGAACGGUGAUGAUGGAUGAAGUGUUGGUUGAUAGGGCCGGUCGUCGUGCGAGGCCUGAAGAGUCGGUGUGGGUUGGAGGUAGUGGAGGUGGAAAUUCACUGGCCAGGAAAAUAGAAGCUCACGGACUCGAUCGUUUCCCUCCUUUUGCAUUCUUCAAUUGUCGUAUCACACUACUAACUGGGACCUGUGAUGGAUCAACAAGUAAUCUGAAUAUUAAAAUCCAAGAAAGUGGAAACAAACAUGAUGAUAUGAUGCUUCAAGAAAGCAAUCCAGAUGAAAUCAUGUCAAUUGGGGAUGCAAGUUCAAUUAGUCUGCCAAUUACAGUUGCAUUCAAGGGUAUAGAUAAGGGUCAGAUAGUUGCAGAAGUAAUAAGUGUGGGGAAAGAAUCGAUAGAGAAUGCAAUUGGGCAUACUUUAAAAGCAUCAAUGGUGGUUCUUGCUGAUAAGAAUCAUAGAAAAAGUGUAAGAAGUGUUUUUGAAUUGGAAUAUGUGCCAUUUUAUGGUUUUCACUCUGUUUGUGGUAAAAGGCCAGAAAUGGAAGAUGCUGUUGCUACUGUUCCUCAGUUUAUGAAAAUUCCUGUUAGAAUGUUGGCUGGUGAUCGUAUGAUUAAUGGAGUGAAUCCGAAUUUGAAUGAUUUGACUGCUCAUUUCUUUGGAGUAUAUGAUGGUCAUGGAGGCUACCAGGUGGCCAAUUACUGUGGUGAUCGUGUCCAUAUUGCAUUAGAAGAGGAGAUCAAAGUGAUGAAGCAAGAACUGGUUAAAGGAACCAUGAAUGACACAGUACAAGCUCAAUGGGAGAAAAUCUUCACUAAUUGCUUUCAAAAGGUUGAUGAUGAAGUUGGAGGAAAAACAACCGUAAUCAUCGAUUCCUCUGAACCCAUAGCCCCAGAAACUGUGGGGUCCACUGCUGUUGUGUCCUUGAUCUGUUCAUCACACAUUAUAGUUGCAAAUUGUGGUGAUUCAAGAGCUGUACUUUAUCGUGGCAAAGAAGCCAUCCCUCUGUCAACUGAUCAUAAGCCGAAUCGGGAAGAUGAAUUUGCAAGGAUCGAGGCUGCAGGUGGGAAAGUCAUACAAUGGAACGGACACCGUGUUUUUGGCGUUCUUGCAAUGUCAAGAUCCAUCGGUGACGGGUAUUUGAAGCCAUGGAUAAUACCCGAACCAGAAGUCACGUUUACUCCCCGAGCUAAAGAAGAUGAGUGUCUUAUUUUAGCAAGUGAUGGAUUGUGGGAUGUAAUGUCAAAUGAGGAAGCAUGCCAAGUGGCAAAAAGAAGGAUUCUUAUUUGGCACAAGAGGAAUGGUGGGGCCCCAUUUGAAAGGGGUGUAGGGGGAGUGGACCCCGCAGCACAAGCAGCAGCCGAUUACCUGUCGGUGCUUGCUCUUCAGAAAGGAAGUAAAGACAACAUAUCUGUGGUUGUGGUGGACCUCAAACCACAAAGGAGAUCCGAUCCGGUUUGUGCAUCUGUCCAAAUACGCACGUCCUUGGACUCCAUUACUCCUCGUGCAGCGAGUAAUCCAGUCUACCAACUUCAAACCCAACAGCGACGACGGCGCGACUUCGUUUUCACGGAAAGGCCUUUUAAGGAAAAAGAAGCUGAAAGACAUUUGACUUACCAACCAAAAACCAAAGGUGGUAUUAGCUAUAUGUUUGCUUAUACUGAUUAUUCUGAGAAACAGUUUAUUCUAUUGAUGCAUGUAGUGAUUUCAUCGGAUUCAAAGCAACAUAAAAAUUCAAGCUACACACUAAUUGGAGACAUAGAAGAUAAUAAUCAGCUUCAGCUAGCAUAUUUUGAUGAACCCCUCCCUUAUUGUGGCUGUGGAAUAGGAUGGUUUUGUCUAUUGGUUGGAUUUGUGUUCCCUUUGCUGUGGUAUUAUGCAACAAUCUUGUACUUGAGAAAUUACUAUCAAAAGGAUCCAAGGGAGAGAACAGGACUUGCUGCUAGUGCAAUAGUGGCUCUGAUAUUUACAAUAGCAGUGCUUAUUGCAAUAGUGGUUAUUGUCCUUUGAUUCCUGUUGUGUCUCCAUUGAUGGUGAGUCUUUGAAUCUUUUUGAUGUUUUCCAUAUUAACUCAAUGUAGAGAGAGCACUAACAAAAGGUCAACUAUGUAAAUUGACACAUGCACAAAUCUUCUAGCA